AUUAGCUCUGUCACCACUGUCUACUGACUGCACCACUCUACAGGGAGCCCUUGCUAUAUACAUCUGGACUUUUUUUAAAAACACCUCCAGCAAAGCCAAUCAACUUGAUCAACAGGUCUUGCCAAAAUGAAACUGUUUCUCCAGUCCGUCGUAAUCCUGUGUGUGCUGGCCACACUCGUUCGCUGCUCUAGGAACACCCGUCCAGAGCCCAGCGCAGAGGGCAGGAAGAGGUUGAGCGUCUGGCUGCAGAGUUUGGUGAGAAGAGACGUUCACAGAAGAUUAAGUGUGAGGGAGGAGGAUUCAGUCAACAACCUCGAGGAAAGCAGAAGCAGCCAACCCCUCAUUUCCCACCUCAGAAUUAAGAGGACGUUGAACUCCAUGAAGCCUCUGGGCUGUAACCUGGUCACCUGCGCUAUUCAUGACCUGGCCCACCGUCUGCACGGCAUCAACAAGCAGAAGUCCGAGUCGGCCCCCCAGCACAAGAUCGGCGCCAAUGGAUACGGUCGCCGUCGGAGACGCUCACUCGAGCAGCUGUUCCCCUCGCUCUCGUCCCAGAGGAGCCAAGGGCAGCGGUCGGGAGCGCGCAGCAGCAGCAGGCGUGCAACAGGCUUCAGACGGACAUGAGGCAAUUGGGGAGAGUGCAAACAGAAACAGAAAGAGAGAGAGAUUGAGAAAGAGAAAGAAAGAAAGAGGGGAGCAUUUUUUUCUUUUUUCUCUGUCUUUUCUUUCUAUCUUUUUGUUGUUGUUGGUGUAGAACCAAACCUAGCCUCACCUUGGUGAAAUGCUACUGAUGCCUCAUGAACUCACCUAGAAUGGGGGAAUGAGGGGAGUCCCACGCACAAACUCUGGCUUGGCUUACUGAACUGUGCUGGAGAGCCAAUCUCUUUGUCUUCUGCCAUCAACACCUGGAAGACAGACAGACGAUCUAGACCCCCCCCCUGCAGUCCUGGGGUGCAGAGGGGAGUAAAGGGAAGGAGAGGAAAGAGAGAGAGAGAGAGAGAGAGAGAGAGAGAGAGAAGUGCUCAGCUCAUGAAUGUGACACAGAAUGCAGGUGUACUGUGUGUGAAUGUGUGUGUGUGUGUGUGUGUGUGUGUGUGUGUGUGUGUGUGUGUGUGUGUGUGUGUGUGUGUGUGUCUUACCUCUGAGACUCACAAGUCUAGGAGCUGACCAGCCUCUCUGUCUCUCCUCCCUCAGCUCAACAUGUGCUCCUGCCGGCCUCCUCUGAUGGACACUUGAGAGAGGGAGGGGGGGUAACCUUGUCGGACUUUACCAGCACUUUGCCACAUGUGGUGAUGAUGAUGAUGAUGGUGCAGAAGCGAACUGACACAGAAGGGACUCCAGGGGAACACGGAUGAGGAAGAGGAGGAGCCGUAUAGAUCAUUAUCAGCAACUGCUUUCACUCAUACGCCAAGUUCAGGCAGAUUUGCCUGUGGACAGAAUGGAGGAUGAUACUAAAGGAGGUCUCUUUUUACAGACGCGGGACAAAUAUACAAACUUAUGAAGCUCACUCGUGUUUGAAUACUGUAAAGUCCACUUAAAAGGGCUGCUGCCACAUUAUACUUGAAUUGAAACUUGUAUAUUAAAGGGAAAUGUGCAAUAGUUGUAUAGUAAUGUAUGAAUAUUCUUAUUGUUGUAUAUUAAGGUUUAAAUAUAUUUUAUAUAUAUAUAUAUAUAUAAUUUACCAUAUAUUUAUACACAUUUAAUUGUAAUUGUAAAGGUAACUAUUUUUUAUACUGAAAAUAUAUAAUGUACCCUACUUUAACAAUCCAAUUCGAAUGUUGAAUGUUUAAUCUAUGCUAACAUUAGAACCACUGUUGCUAAAUUCAUAUCCCUUUUUUACAGUCCAAGUAACAAAAAUCAAUCAUUAAACUUUUGCAAACAGGA